AUGCAAACGUCAAAAAUACGUCCUGUCUUUAAGUACGCUGUUAUUAAUUUUAAUUGGUUCAGGUUUGUUUCGACUGUCAACAACAUAGCAGUAAACACAUCUGAAACGACACGGAAACUGAAGUCAUGGGAGGAGAUUCCUGGUCCAUCGUCUUUGCCAAUUAUAGGUGCUCUUCAUCAUUUUCUUCCAAAUGGUCUUCUGUACACAACUGAGGGAUUUGAGAUGCAAGAACGAUUAUAUAAAGCGUUUGGACCCAUCGUGAAACUGCCCGGUAUGUUUGGUGCACCGAGUUUAGUUUUACUUUUUGAUGCAGAGAGUAUGGCACAUGUUCUGCGAAGUGAGAACUGGAUGCCGAAGCGUCCUGGGUUCCAAUCAUUACAACAUUAUAGAAAAGAAUAUAAGAAAAGUGAUGGCAAUCCUGACAGAAUUACGGGACUUGUAACUGAUCAAGGCGAACAAUGGAAGAAGCUGCGCUCCAUGGUUAAUCCUGUGAUGCUGCAGCCGAAAACUAUAAGGCUCUACUCCACGAUACUUGACGAAGUAGCUGUAGAUAUGAUUGAAAGGAUGAGAUCAAUUCGUGAUGAGAAUAAUAUGAUAAGAGGUGAUUUAAGCGAAGAAAUGAACUUAUGGGCUUUGGAGUCUAUUGGGGUUGUAGCACUCGGCGGUCGCCUCAAUUGCUUUGAUCCUAAUCUACCUGCGGAUUCUCCUGUGAAAAAGCUCAUUCAAAUAGUACAUGACUUUUUCAAUACCGCGAACAAGUUAGAUUUUCAACCGAGUCUAUGGCGAUAUUACCCAACUAAAACUUACAAGAGAGCGAUGAAAUUAUAUGAAGAGCAAGAAAACUUGAAUAGAUAUUUCAUUAAAAAUGCCAUGGACAAGUUACAAUCAAAAAACAGUUCAGAAAAUGAGAAAGGAAUUUUAGAGAAGCUGCUUGAGAUUGACGAACACGUUGCAAUUUUAAUGGCGAGCGAUUUGUUAUUCGCGGGUGUUGACACCGCAGCCCAUACAAUAAUACCAAUAUUUUAUUUUCUGGCAACAAAUCCUGAAAAGCAAAAUAAAUUGAGAGAUGAACUAUUAUCGAAAUCGGAUAAACGACCAUAUCUGAAAGCGUGUAUUAAAGAAGCUAUGCGAAUGAUGCCAGUAGUGGCGGGUAAUAUGAGAGAAACUUCGAAAGAGUACAACUUACUUGGAUAUAAAAUACCAAAACAGACUUAUGUGACAUUCGCACAUCAGUAUACUUCUAUGAUGGACUCUCAUUACCCGAGACCACGCGAGUACAUUCCGGAACGAUGGGUAGUUGAUAAAGACGAUCCCUUGUACCACGGCAAUGCUCAUCCGUUUGCCUUUAGUCCUUUUGGAUUUGGAGUCCGAGGCUGUAUAGGGCGUCGCAUAGCUGAGUUGGAGUUGGAAGCGUUCCUUGCUCGUGUCGUUCAGAACUUCCACAUAGAGUGGUAUGGAGAACCACUUAAACAAUAUCAAAGCUCUUUGAAUUACGUAAAAGGGCCUUUUAAUUUUACCUUUAAAGACGUAUGA